AUGAGCAAUGUCAAAAACCUGACAGCCCCCUCCUCAGCCCCCUCCUCAGCCCACUCCGUCAGCCCACUCCCCAGCCCCCUCCUCAGCCCCCUCCCCAGCCCCCUCCUCAGCCCACUCCCCAGUCCCCUCUUCAGCCCAUUCCCCAGCCCACUCCUCAGCCCCUUCCUCAGCCCACCCCCCUCAGCCCCCUCCUCAGCCCACUUCUCAGCCCACUCCCCAGCCCACUCCCCAGUCCCCUCUUCAGCCCACUCCUCAGCCCACAUCCCAGCCCCCUCUCCCCAGCCCCUCUCUCAGCCCCCUCCUCAGCCCACAUCCUCAGCCCACUCCCCAGCCCCCUCCUCAGCCCACUCCCCAGCCCACUCCUCAGCCCACUCCUCAGCCCACUUCCCAGCCCCCUCCUCAGCCCACUAUCCAGUCCCCUCUUCAGCCCACUCCCCAGUCCCCUCUUCAGCCCACUCCCCAGUCCCCUCUUCAGCCCACACCCCAGCCCCUCCUCAGCCCACUCCCCAGCCCACUCCCCAGUCCCCUCUUCAGCCCACUCCCCAGUCCCCUCUUCAGCCCACUCCCCAGCCCACACCCCAGCCCCCUCCUCAGCCCACUCCCCAGCCCACUCCCCAGUCCCCUCUUCAGCCCACUCCCCAGUCCCCUCUUCAGCCCACUCCCCAGCCCACUCCCCAGCCCCCUCCUCAGCCCACUAUCCAGUCCCCUUCAGCCCACUCCCCAGCCCCCUCCUCAGCCCACUCUCCAGUCCCCUCUUCAGCCCACUCCCCAGCCCCCUCUUCAGCCCACUCCCCAGCCCCCUCCUCAGCCCCUCCUCAGCCCACUCCCCACCCCCUCCUCAGCCCACUCCGCAGUCCCCUCUUCAGCCCACUUCUCAGCCCACUCCCCAGCCCACUCCCCAGCCCCUCCUCAGCCCACUCCCCAGUCCCCUUUUCAGCCCACUCCCCAGUCCCCUCUUCAGCCCACUCCUCAGCCCACUUCCCAGCCCCCUCCUCAGCCCACUAUCCAGUCCCCUCUUCAGCCCACUCCCCAGCCCCCUCUUCAGCCCACUCCCCAGCCCCCUCCUCAGCCCCCUCCUCAGCCCACUCCCCAGUCCCCUCCUCAGCCCACUCCCCAGCCCCCCUCAGCCCACUCCCCAGCCCCCUCUUCAGCCCCUCCUUAGCCCACUCUCCAGCCCCCUCCUCAGCCCACUCCGCAGUCCCCUCUUCAGCCCACUUCUCAGCCCACUCCCCAGCCCACUCCCCAGCCCCCUCCUCAGCCCACUCCCCAGUCCCCUUUUCAGCCCACUCCCCAGUCCCCUCUUCAGCCCACUCCUCAGCCCACUUCCCAGCCCCUCCUCAGCCCACUAUCCAGUCCCCUCUUCAGCCCACUCCCCAGUCCCCUCUUCAGCCCACACCCCAGCCCCCUCCUCAGCCCACUCCCCAGCCCACUCCCCAGUCCCCUCUUCAGCCCACUCCCCACCCACUCCCCAGCCCCCUCUUCAGCCCCCUCCUCAGCCCACUCCCCAGCCCCCUCCUCAGCCCCCUCCUCAGCCGCCACAUCCCCUGUGAGCCCUCCUCAGCCCACUCCCCAGUCCCCUCCUCAGCCCACUCCCCAGCCCCCCUCAGCCCACUCCCCAGCCCCCUCUUCAGCCCCCUCCUUAGCCCACUCCUCAGCCCACUCCGCAGUCCCCUCUUCAGCCCACUCCCCAGUCCCCUCCUCAGCCCACUCCCCAGCCCCUCCUCAGCCCAUUCCCCAGUCCCCUCCUCAGCCCACUCCCCAGUCCCCUCCUCAGCCCACUCCCCAGCCCUCUCCUCAGCACACUACCCAGCCCCCUCCUCAGCCCACUCCCCAGUCCCCUCCUCAGCCCACUCCCCAGUCCCCUCCUCAGCCCACUCCCCAGCCCUCUCCUCAGCCCACUCCCCAGUCCCCUCCCCAGUCCCCUCCCCAGCCCUCUCCUCAGCCCACUCCCCAGUCCCCUCCCCAGUCCCCUCCCCAGCCUUCUCCUCAGCCCACUCCCCAGUCCCCUCCCCAGCCCACUCCUCAGCCCACUCUCCAGUCCCCUCCUCAGCUCACUCCUCAGCCCACUCCUCAGCCCCCUCUCUAGCCCCCUCCCCAGCCCUCUCCUCAGCCCACUCCCCAGCCCCCUCUUCAGCCCACUCCCCAGCCUCCCCCAAGCCUCUGUCGGGCGACGCUGGCCCCUGA